AUUUGAAAGGUUUUUUUUGGAUGUGCUAAACUAUACUAUCAAAUGAUGAUAAUGAUGAUGACAAAUUCAUUCAGUCUAAUGAUAAUAGUCAUAUGAUCGAAAGAUGAUGAUUAAAAUUUUACAAAACCAUAUGAUGGGGAAAAAAUGGAAUUGUUUUGUUACAAAUUGAAUACGCUUGAAACGCCCCAUUCAUUCAAUCAUUGAUGAUGUUAAAAUCAUUGACAAUCAAAUAAUUACUGAUAUCAUUAAUGAAUUGGCAGAAAAUUCAAAUUAUCAUUACAAAUACGUACUAUAUUAAUGGCUCUCAAAAAGUGCUGUCAUUUUUUCUGAAGCUCAGGUGUUUUAUUUCAAAAUUUAAAUUGAAAAAUUUGAAUUUUAAAUAAUUUUUAUCGAAAAAACAUGUCCAUCUGUCCUCGCGAGCGUUUAUUGACAAUUGUCAAUGAUAUCGAAUUGAUAUCCAAAGAAAUGUUUGAACAUUUUCUUUUGCCAAAAUCUGCUCGAUCUAAUCUGAUUGAUCGUGUACAAUUAGCUGAAUUAUUAGUACGAAAAGAUCAAGAAUUACGUCAGGCAAUUAAAGCGGCUGAAGAGCAGGAAUUGAUACAAUCAAAAAUUGAUCAAUUACGUCGUGAAGUACAGGAUCAUGAUGAUGAAUUACAAAAAUUGCAACAAAGUUUCAAAGAAGCUGAAUCCAUAUUGUCGACAGCAAUCUAUCAGGCUAAACAGAAAUUAUCAUUAAUCAAGAAAGCUGAUUCACAUUCAAUAUCGAUUGAUGAGCUAAUAAAAUAUGCACAUAAAAUUAGUGCCGAUCAUUCGGUUGCAUCACCAUAUAAUUGGGAGAUUGGUGAUCCGCGACGGCCAUAUCCAACUGAUUUGGAAAUGAAAUCUGGCCUAUUGGUCAAUUCAAAUGAUGCUAAUCUAUCAAGUCUUUUACAGCAGCAGCAACAACAACAACAACAAUAUCAUCAUCAGAAUCAAUUACAAGAACAAUCAUCACAAUCGAUACCGAUGCGACCAUCGUCGGCUUCUAGUUCACCAUAUUCAUGGGCUAAUCAACAACAACAACAACAACAAUUUGCCACAGAUACAAAACCAAAUAUAAAUUCUAUUAAUUCAGGUGGUCAAUACGGGGAUUAUAGUGAUGUUAAAACACAACAACAAAGAGAUAAUGAUGAAGUAGAAGUCAUGUCCACUGAUUCAUCAUCAACAUCAUCGAGUGAUAGUCAAUAAAUGAAUUGAUUCGUUAUCAACAAAAAAAUUUUUAUUCAGAUUUCCAUUCACUUGCAUAAUCUUACUUUUCAUUCCAAUUUUUUCGAAUUGUAAAUAAAUUGAUGAUAAAUUGAAUAAAUCUUUCAAUUUUUAAUUGUAA